CUAAAAACGACACCAGAAGAGGAAUUGAGGGUUUUUUUAAUUAAAAUUUUUUUAUAAAGUAUAUUUAUUUUGGAGAGAGAGAGCAUGAGUCAGGGAGGAGCAUAGAGAGAGAGGGAGAGAAUCCCAAGCAGGCUCCAGGCUGUCAGUGCCCAGCCCGGCGUGGAGCUCGAACCCGUGGACCGUGAGAGCGUGACCUGAGCCAAAGUCAGACGCUUAACUGAGCCACCCAGGCACCCUGAGGACAGUUCUGUGCGCUGCUGUUUUAAAGACUUAGGUUUUGAGUUGACUGAAAGUCCGUGGGGAUGGUGAUCGCUGUUUGCGUCACGUGAACUAAAAGGAGGAGGGCGUGAACUCGACUGAACUAGCAGAGGGUUGUGAUAAUUACGUGUUCCCCAUGUAGGCCACCCCGUGUGUGGGGAGCAGCUUCCGAAGGGCGGCCGCGGCUGGAGUGUGGCCUCGUGGAAAGGGCUGUGACGGGCUUUGCUGCUGUUGGAAAGCAGUUGUCUGCCAGCCUUCCGUCUGUUCAUCUGCUUAGGGAAGCAUCUCCUGGGACUCUGCUCCCAGGAUGAGACCCGUCUGCCGCAGAAGGCUCACCUGGUGGGCGCCAGACAGAUGGAAUCUGAAAAUUGUGAUUGUGUCACUGCUUGACACGAUUGUAGCACGAAUGCGGGGAUUUGGCCGUUCUGUUCCUUUUUUGGAAUCUUAAAGAUGACAUUAAAGAUUGUUCAACAAUUUGGGACCUUUUGGUUGUCAUUUUAAGACUUCAUUUUGGGGCGCCUGGGUGGCUCAGUCGGUUGAGUGUCUGACUUUGACUCAGGUCACAUGAUACCAUUGAAAUGAUGGAAACUGAAGAAAAAUUGGAAACUUCAUAGUCUAACAUAUCAGCAUAAAUUUCUGUAACAUGCAAAUUACUUAGUCAUUAGGAAUUAUUAUUUUUUUAAGACUUUGUUUUUAGGGGCACCUGGGUGGAUCAGUCGGUUAAGCAUCCGACUCUUAGUCUCAGCUCAGGUCUUGAUCUCAGGUCUUGAUGGUGAAUUUAAGCCCCCACACUGGACCCUGCGCUGGGUGCGAAGCCUACUUAAAAAAAGUCUACCACAUCGCUGAAAAUGGUGGGCAGGAAUUUGGUUCCCAUUAUAAAAAUGGUAGGAAACCAUUGGUUGGUUUCAGUAUUUUCUUCAUUUGUUAAACCUAUGAAGCAGAAUAUUUUCUGGGCCAAGAAAUGAGAAAUCAAGUUAUAGAUGGCAUUAUACUGAGUUUUUUGAAAUGCUCAAAAAUUCUCUUUUUAGUACUUUUUAAAAAAGAGAGUUGCUGUCAGAGACUUAGAUUCGGGAGCGUGGGAAGAUGGGCCUGAAGGUCUCCCCUUCCUCUGCCGCACAGACCCUUAGAGGUUCCUGGCUCUGGGCCAUCCCCACACCUGCUGGCCCCGCUGUCACUGUUGGCUGAUCACACUCACGUCAGUCCCACGCUGGUGUCUUGAGCAGGCUGCCGAGUUGUCUGUCUGGAGGAGAGGCUGGUGGCAGUGAGGAGUCUCGAUGGCCUCGAGCAGUCCGGUCUGGCCUCAUGUCCGCAUGCCGCCUCAACCGAACGGAGGCCCCGCACGCCAUCAGCCUCACUGUCCCUCGGAAGACAGUUUAGAGAGCAUCUGCCGGGACCGAGUAUGCCCCGUGGGGGCCACUCUUACACCCACAUGGCUUCUCAGAGGCUUCCUUCCAACCUGAAGCAACUCAUCUUAAAUGAGUUCUGGUUAAUAUGCUUUCUACCAUUUGGACCUAACAUCUUAGGGGAAAAUACACAUAUUUUGUUUACACAGUAACGCACUGGGUCGUCGGCAGCCGGCUGAGAGUUGGGUUUACCCCCGGUGAGCGUCUCAGAGACUGGCGGAUGGCGCGUGUCCUUCGUGGCCCUGCUGCCUUGUCCGCUGCACAUCUGGGGUGCUGUGGGUGCUGCUCCUGGCUUUCACACAGAGUUUCCCACGGAGGACAUCCCGUAUUUGCUUCCUGGCACAACUGACCACUUGUGAUAAUCCUCAUGUCGGCCACCAUCAGUUGCAAAGAGUUUGCAGAUUACUUUGCCGUUCCUGUCCAGAACAAGAUGAACCCUGCGUAUGUUUUUGAAGUGGAAGGAAAGCCCCAUUCAGUCGAAGAGUAUUAUCUUGAUGAUUUGGGGCACAUGCAUCACAGCAGGCUUUCUCCUCACAUCCUGGAGGAGCCGGUGAUUACUAAGGACAUAUACGAAGUCGCUGUCUCCCUGAUCCAGAUGUUCGACCACAUGGAUGUGAAGGAAAGUGGGAGCAAGAGCUCGUCGGGUGCCCAGUUUGUGGCGGAGCGGAGCAGCGUGUUGGUGUUUUUGCCAGGUCUGGGUGAAAUAAACUACAUGCAUGAACUUCUCACAAACAUGGUUCACAAAAGGUUACAGGUUUAUCCACUCCAUUCAAGUGUGACUUUAGAAGAACAGAAUAACGUGUUUCUAAGUCCAGUUCCUGGGUACAGAAAGAUUAUUCUGUCCACCAACAUUGCAGAGAGCUCCAUCACAGUUCCAGACGUCAAGUACGUUAUAGAUUUUUGUUUGACUAGAACUCUGGUUUGUGAUGAAGAUACGAAUUACCAGAGUCUGCGAUUGAGUUGGGCCUCUAAAACCAGUUGUAAUCAGAGAAAAGGCCGUGCAGGAAGAGUGUCUAAAGGGCACUGCUAUAGACUGAUCCACAGGGAUUUCUGGGACAGCUCCAUCCCAGACCACGUUGUUCCCGAGAUGUUGCGUUGUCCAUUAGGAAGCACAAUAUUGAAAGUGAAAUUGCUGGAUAUGGGUGAACCGAGAGCUUUGCUGGCAACGGCCCUUUCUCCACCUGGUCUGGGUGACAUUGAACGAACCAUCCUUCUGCUAAAGGAGGUUGGAGCACUUGCAGUGAGUGGGCAGAGAGAGGACGAGAACCCCCACGAUGGUGAACUGACCUUCUUAGGAAGAGUUUUGGCCCAGCUUCCUGUUAAUCAGCAGCUCGGUAAACUCAUAGUCCUUGGACACGUAUUUGGAUGUCUCGAUGAGUGUCUUAUUAUAGCUGCAGCGCUUUCCUUGAAGAACUUUUUUGCAAUGCCUUUUAGGCAGCAUCUUGAUGGAUACAGGAACAAAGUGAAUUUCUCCGGCAACAGCAAGAGCGACUGCAUUGCACUGGUUGAGGCAUUUAGAACUUGGCAGGCUUGCAGACAGAGAGGAGAGCUUCGGCACCCAAAGGAUGAACUUGACUGGGGACGGUUAAAUUACAUUCAAAUCAAGAGAAUUAGAGAGGUGGCUGAGCUGUACGGAGAAUUGAAGAAUCGGGUCUCUCAGUUCAACAUGUACGUUGAUUCGCGGCGGCCUGUCAUCGACCAAGAAUAUGUUUAUAAGCAGCGCUUCAUCCUGCAGGUUGUAUUGGCGGGUGCUUUUUACCCAAAUUACUUUACUUUCGGACAGCCUGACGAGGAGAUGGCGGUGAGGGAGCUGGCCGGCAAAGACCCGAAGACCACCAUCGUGUUGAAGCACAUUCCUCCCUAUGGAUUUCUCUACCAUAAACAACUACAGUCUCUCUUUAGACAGUGUGGUCAAGUCAAAUCCGUUGUAUUUGAUGGUACAAAUUCUCCUUUUCAGGUUCCUGAUGAACUGAUUUUUGCUUUACGUUUGUGGAGCAGAGCCUUCGUGGAGUUCUCACGUAAUCCGACAGAAAGGUUUAAAACUCUUCCCGCGGUGUACAUGGCGAUCAAGAUGUCUCAGCUGAAAGUUGCCCUGGAGCUGAAUGUACACUCUGCAGAGGAGAUCGAGGGGAAGGUCCAAGGAGGGGCGGUUUCGAAGCUCAGGAACACAAGGGUGAAUGUGGACUUCCAGAAGCAGACAGUAGAUCCUAUGCAGGUCUCAUUUAACACAUUCGACAGGUCCCAGACAAUUACAGAUCUUCUCUUAACAAUUGAUGUCACAGAGGUGGUUGAGGUAGGACACUUCUGGGGAUACAGGGUUGAUGAGAGAACCUCCAAGAUUCUGAGAAAGCUCACUGCUGAAAUAAACCGACUGAAAUUGGUGCCGUUGCCCACGCACCCGCACCCGGACCUGGUCUGCCUGGCGCCUUUCACUGAUUUUGACCAAGAGAGCUACUUUCGAGCUCAAAUCCUUUACGUUUCUGGGAAUUCUGCUGAGGUGUUCUUUGUGGACUAUGGCAACAGGUCUCACGUGGAUCUGGAUCUUUUAAUGGAGAUUCCCUGUCAACUUCUCGAACUCCCGUUUCAGGCGCUGGAGCUGAAGAUCCGCGGGAUGCGGCCCUCCGCCAAGUCGCUGGUGUGCGGCGAGCACUGGAGCCGCGAGGCCGGCCGGCGCUUCGCCUCCCUCGUGAACGGCCGCGCCCUCCUCGUGAGGGUCUUCUCCGUGGUGCACGGCGUCCUGCACGUGGACGUGUACCGGUGCGCGGGGGCCCAGGACACCGUCAGCGUCAGGGACGUCCUCAUCCAGGAGGGCUACGCCGAGCUCGCCGAGGAGCCCUACGAGUCCAGAGUAGGCACCUCCGUCCUGGUGGCUGGAGGGCGUGUGGCCGUGCGUCAAAGCCACGAAGCUCUCAAGGGUCUCUGCUCCAAGUCCGUGGAAGACAUAGCAGAUAUGUCUAUGCCGUCACCCGUGAAAGAUGACAAAAAGUACCUGAUUCGGAUUUUGUUGGAGAGCUUUUCUUCUAAUAAACUGGGGGCUCCCAAUUGCAAGGCAAUACUUCACGGGCCUUUUAACCCUUAUGAACUGAAGUGUCACAGUUUGACUAGAAUCUCCAAGUUCAGGUGUGUUUGGAUCGAGAAGGAAAGCAUCAACUCUGUCAUCAUCAGCGACGCCCCUGAGGACCUCUACCAGAGGAUGCUGGUUGCGGCUUCCCUGUCAGUCAACGCCACCGGGUCCACCAUGCUGCUGAGAGAGACCUCUCUGAUGCCCCACAUCCCCGGCCUCCCGGCUCUCCUCAGUGUGCUCUUUGCACCCGCGAUGGAGCUGAGGGUUGAUCGGGAUGGAAAAAACUAUACUGGAGUCCUUUGUGGUUUGGGGUGGAAUCCAACCACGGGGGCCCCUAUCCUGCCAGAGCAUGACAUUGAGCUAGCAUUUGAUGUUCAGUUCAACGUGGAGGAUAUCAUAGAGAUCAAUAUUCUCAGGGCUGCUAUUAACAAGCUAGUGUGCGAUGGACCCAAUGGGUCGAAGUUUCUUGGGCCAGAAAGAAUCGCACAGUUACAGGACAGUGCUCGUCAGAAACUUCUAGGUUUGUUCUGUCAGUCGAAACCAAGACAGAGAAUUGUCCCUACGUGGCAUGAAAAGCCAUACGAAUGGAAUCAGUUCCCGGAGGCCGGAAGUCAGAGGUCAGGGCACCAGCACAGCCGGGUUCUGGUGAGAACCCCUUUCCUCACUUGCAGGCCCGUGCCCCUAUCCUGUGUCCUUAUGUGGUGGAGAGCGUCACCCUUAUGUCUCUUCUGAGAAGGGCUCUGAUCCCGUCGUGGGGGCCUCGCCCUUGUGACCUCGUGGAACCCCAUUCACCUCCCCAAAGCCCUACCUCCAGACACCAUCGCACUGGGGAUUUGAACUUCAACAUUAGGGAUUUGGGGCACACAGUUCAGUCCAUAGCAGUUGGGAAAUAGGGCAGGGCCCAUCCGGGGCACCUUGACCUUGACCGUGUAUAAUGUUUAUGAAAUAAAAUAAAAUUGGACUUGAGGGGAAGGAA